AUGAUGCAUUCUUUUUUUUCUGUGCAGAUCAGGAACUUGAACACGAUGUUCUCCCGCUUGAAGCGCAUGGUCCCGCUGAUGCGCCCAGACCGCAAGCCGAGUAAAGUGGACACACUCAAAGCAGCCACUGAAUACAUCCGAUUGCUUGUUGCAGUUCUGCAGGACACUGACAGAGAUGAAAGCAGUGGGACUGAUUUCUUAAAGAAUGCAAUCAGUUAUGGCCAGAGUGAAGGCUUGGGAGGUGACCUUUGGAGAGUCGAUGAUUUGCUGGACAUGUCGGAGGAGCACAUGGAAGACGGAUUCACUUUGGCCCCGGAACCGGUAACGGAGGACGGCGACAUGAGCAGACUGGUGCUGCAACACUGCGUGAUGCCUUCAUACCAGUUCAUCAUCCAAGUAGCUCCCGAUCAAAGCUCGAUGUCUCAACCUUUCUGAUCGGGGGACGAGCAGAAUGCUUGGAUCGAUAUUGAAGAUCUGACAGGGGCCUGUUGCUUUGAAGAAACGGAUUUAUC